AUGUCGGGACGUGGAAAAGGUGGUAAAGCGAAAUCGUCUGGAAAGGCGAAAAGUCGUUCAUCUCGUGCUGGUUUACAGUUCCCAGUGGGACGAAUUCAUCGUUUGCUACGUAAGGGAAAUUAUGCGGAACGUGUUGGUGCUGGUGCCCCAGUAUAUCUAGCUGCUGUGUUGGAGUAUUUGGCAGCGGAAGUGUUGGAGUUAGCUGGCAAUGCGGCGCGUGAUAAUAAGAAGACGCGAAUCAAUCCGCGCCAUUUGCAGUUGGCUGUACGCAAUGAUGAGGAGUUAAACAAGCUGCUGGCUGGUGUGACAAUUGCGCAAGGUGGUGUAUUGCCGAACAUCCAAGCGGUGUUGUUGCCGAAGAAGACCGCUGAAAAAAUGGACCGCAUGGGUGGCUAUGAAGGGAGUAUGGUAAUAUUUCGUGUUGACAACUGUAGAGGAGUUCGUCGUUCAUUCUUGUGGUGUUCACUGGGUUCAAGAUUUAGUUCUGGCUCUUCUAGCUUAGGUUUACAACUAUGUUUGGUGGCAUUUGCUGUUUGGACGUGUGGUGGUGAUGCUUGGACUUAUGACUGGUGGCAUAGAGAGAUGGGGUGGUGUGGAAGGUCACCGGAGGGUGUCACGUGGUAA